AUGCUUAGUGGAAUAGAUGACAAUAGUAGCAUCGAAAAUAAAUUAGCGGGUAAUACGCCGGAUUUUGAAGUUCAAUUGAUUCCUUCAUGGAUCGUUUUUACAGCAGUUGAUAAUUAUCGAAUCUCCCAAUAUGCCACUUUUAAAAUUAAAAAUAAUGAUCCGGUACCCAUUGUAUAUCGUAUACGAACAAGAGAACGCUCAUUUCCACGUUUUUCCAUAUGUCAUGGAUAUUUGGAACCAAAUGAGGAAGAUCAAGUGUACAUAUUAAUACCAACAUCAGAUUGUUGGCCUCGUGAUCCGAUUGAUUAUGCUGGUCGUCGUCAUAAAGUGGUGGUCGAAAAUUUGACCUUUCCUAAGGAUGCAUGCAAACCGAAGAAUAAAAAUGAAGCUAGUGCAAUUUCAAUGAUGAUAUUUAAAGCGACACCACCAAUGACACGAAUGUAUGCCAAACUGAAUAUACUAUUGCCGAAAGUAGUAGAAGAUAAAACUCAAGAAAUAGGCCAUGAAAUAUAA